UUCACGGCGGCGUAAUAUUCAUAAGACGUACUUUGUAGUCUGACCAAGUGAUCUUAUUGUUUUUUAUUCCUUCGUGUCAAAUCAAAAUACAUUUAAUUAGUAGUAGUGUUUUAAUUUUUUAAACAUUUUCAUUAUUCUAAUCUAUUAUGAGCCGUGAUGAUAACUUGUGCUGGUUUCAUGGACGGCUCUCUCGUGAGUCUGCGGAAGAAAUAUGCAGAAGUGGCGAGGAGGAUGGAACGUUCCUUGUCCGUGAAAGCAACACAGCGGCGGGUGAUUUUGUGCUGACUUUAUUGCAUCAGGGCGAGGUUUGCCACUAUCAGAUAAGACGUCAUGGAGAAGAUGCAUUUUUCUCAAUUGAAGAUAAAGUGAAGAUUUUGCACGGAUUAGACACAUUGGUAGAAUAUUAUCAGCAGUCCGCCAACGGCUUAGUUACCAAACUUGGCAAGUUCAUACGUAAGGAUCCGCCACCGAAUGAGACAAGAAGUCAUGGAAACACAAAUUUACUCCAUCGGGCUGUAAUGAACAAUAAUCACAUUGUUGUAUCAGAACUCCUGAAGUGUGGUUACAGAAAUGUGGAUGCCAAAAAUCAAAAUGGACAAACUGCUAUGCACCUAGCUGCACUAUACAGCGAUGAAGCCAUGUUGAACCUAUUAUUAAACGCCGGUGUGAAUGUUAAUUGUAUGGAUACGGAUAAUAACAUGCCCCUUCAUUAUGCAGCCAGACACCAACCUGGUAGUUUUAUAAGACGUUUAAUAGUUGCUCAGGCUAAUGUUCAGGGCAGAAAUAUUAGAAACGGAUAUGUGCCAUUACACGAAGCAGCAAAGCAUGGAAAUUUGGAAGCUGUGAAGGAAUUGCUGGCCGUUAAUGUACCUUUGCUGCCUCGGACAUCUAUGGGAGAGUUCCCCAUUGAUUUGGCAAAGGAAGCAAACCAUGAACAAGUUGUUGAAUUUUUGGAUUCAUACAAAUUAAAACCAGCUAGUACAUUUAGGUCACAAUGGUAUCACGGAACAUUAAAUAGGGAAGAAGCGACGGAAGCUUUAAAGAGUUUUGCGUCAGAUUUCAAAGCCCAGAUGGAAAAAAUAACAUCUGAGAACCCAAAUGCUAAUGAGAACGGUGAUGCUUCUGGUUGCUUUUUAGUGCGAUUUUCUGAAAGAAAAAAUGCAGUUUCUGGAUAUGUUUUAACACUUCUCUAUGAUAAUGUUGUCAAAAAUUUUAUAAUUUCAAAAUCGUCGAAUUUUUUAUAUAUUGAUGACGGUCCAUUCUUGCCGACUCUAGAACAUUUGGUAGAGCAUUUUAUGCGUUUUGCUGACGGAUUACCUAUUAAUCUCAAAUAUCCUGUUUUGCCAAAACCCAAGCCUCCUCUACCACUCUUUUCAACAAUGCCACGCACAUCUAAGAAAUCCUCAGAAGCCAUACCUGUGCCACAAUGUUCGCCUAAUCCACUGCCUAAAAGCCCUGUCGUGGAGAACAAAACUCCUCUAUUGCCAUCAAAACAAUCACAAACUUUGUCGAGCAUUCAUCACAAUAACAAUGUGAAGAAAAAAUCAAAGGAAUCUGUUUUCAGUACAUUGAAGUUGAGGAGUCCCAAAAAAACUAGCAUACUAGAGAGUAUGAGUACUUUACGUAAAAGUAAACCAAAACAAAAAUCAAUAACAUCCGAUGACAAACCACAAGUACCCUCUAGCGAAGAAGAAUUAAAGCAAGCCGAAACAUUGUUGAAGAAUUUGUCUUUUUCUACCGAUUUUGCAAGUCUAAAUCUAGUUAAUAAUAAUGGUCAGCAUGGCUUCUAUAAUGUUCCAAAAAAUAAUGCAGCAGUUAACAGCGAUGUUGUCAAUGCAUCUAUAGAUUCCAGAAUGAAAUUGGAGUCGAAAUCCAAUGAAGAAGUGGAAUAUUUUACAAAAAGUGAUAUCGUUAUUGAAAAAGAGCGAAAUCAACAAAAUUCAAGCGAAAGCUUACCGCCAACUACUAAUGGUUAUAUACCAACUGUCGAUAUUCGAGUGUUUACAGAAUCUAACAUUCAAGGUGCUCGUUACAUGACUAAAGAUGAACUUGAGGCAUCCGCAGCCGAACUCCGAGAAUUUUCUCAUAAUCCGGAACGUUUGGAUUCGUUAAUAUCCACAACAUCUAAUGAAAGCGAAAUGAUGCGAUACCUAAAUCGACAAUCCAGCACAGAUUCUUUAGAAAAAGGCAAUGCUAGUUCAAAAGUUAAUUACCUGAUACCGCCUGAUUGUCUUAUACUUGAAACGAUAAUUGGAGAGGGUGAAUUUGGAUCGGUUUAUCGUGGAUUCCAAAUUCAAAGAAUCGGGACUGAUUUGAGACGCCGGGAAGUGGCCAUCAAAACAUUACGCGACGAACACUGUCGCACAAACAAACAGGAAUUUUUACGCGAGGCCUCAGUAAUGAUACGACUGAAACAUCAUUGCAUUGUUCAGCUUAUAGGAAUAUCGAAAGGCAAGACCUUGAUGAUGGUUCAGGAGUUGGUGCCAUUGGGUUCGAUGUUACAUUUCAUAUUGGACCACAAGGAGAAGAUAAAUCCAAACUAUGAACUAAAAUUGUGGGCUUCUCAAAUAGCAUGCGGUAUGCAAUAUUUGGAGAAAUAUCACUUUGUGCACCGGGAUUUGGCAGCUCGAAAUAUUCUACUAGCAUCAAGAAAUCAAGCCAAAAUAAGUGACUUCGGGCUAUCUCGUGCUUUGGGAAGUGACAACGAUUGUUAUCAAGCCAGUCAAGGAGGUAAAUGGCCAAUUAAAUGGUAUGCUCCUGAGAGUUUUAAUAAUGGAAUAUUUUCUCAUGCAAGUGAUGUGUGGUCAUUCGGCGUCACAUUGUGGGAAAUGUUUUCUCUUGGAGAACCUCCUUAUGGCGAUAUACGUGGUGUCGAUGCUAUUAAAUUGAUUGAAAGUGGCCAGCGUUUGCUUCAACCUCCUCUAUGUCCCGGACACAUCUAUGACAUAAUGUUAAAUUGUUGGAAUUACAAACCGAAAGAUCGCCCAACGUUUCGAUAUUUAACUGAAUUUUUUGCACGUGACCCAGACUAUCAAAACAUUUUAGAAUUAGUAAGAACCGAUCAUAUUAGUUGAACAAUACUAAUGCCUGUUCUACAUUGUUUCCAUUUACUCGAUGCAAGUGCAAUCCUUAUAUCGUUGAUAUUUUGAUUUUUUUUUUAGAUUUGUGAAAACGUAUGGUAUUUUAUAGUAGAGUAUUAGUAAAAAAAAACAAUUAUUCCAUUAUUUAUAAUAUACAUAAAAAUGUAUUUAAGUGAAUAUGUAUUGACGGAAUAUGUAUCGUUGGUAUCUAUUAAGUUUGUACUAGUUCUAAGUCAAAUAAAAUAUUCGACAAACAA